AUGAAGCGACCAACGUCCAUGCUGGCACGACCCCUCACCUCCCCUUACCUUGGACUCUCACAAGGUGCUCUGAGCGGAUAUCGAGUCCAAGGCCGAAAAGCAGCGGUCAGCCGCGCGUGGGCCCUCGUGCUAGCAUACCUCUCGGGCACGGUACGGAGCGAUAUCGCCGCCGCUAACCUUGAGAAAUGUGCACACUGCAUCAUUUCUAAGCUCCGCAGCGAGGAGCAGAAGUAUGCCACAGCGAUCUCCGUGUAUCAACGCUUUCAUUCGUUUCAGUUCUGA